CAUGUAGCUAGCAGCAGGCCAACAUCAUCACAACCAAUUAUCUCAUGGCAGUUCACACUGUACAUGUAAUAUCUUUGCUUGAUCACACAAGUCUUUCUUCUUGGUCUCCUCUUCACCCAUCGCUGCAAAAUAAGGCAAUUACAUCACAAUAACUCAAUUCGUUUCCAAUCGAGCUGGCUAGCUAGCUAGAAGUAUCUUGUUGGAGAAGGUGUGGCUGGUUGGUGCAGUUUCAAAUCCAAGGAACGUACGAGAGGGCUAUUGGAGGCCUCUUGAUUCUCACCAUUGUCCGUUGAGAGGAGCUUUUCAGAUUACCAAACAACCAAACAUACAUACAACCUGAUACUAGCUAGUUGCUGAUAGAAUACAAGAGAAUGACAGUGGCAACGCGACCGACGCUUGUGCUCCGACAACAACAACGACGACGACCCCUUGGUUGGAACCGGGUUGGCUUAAGCCGACCUCUCCUUCAAUAUUACAGCAGCACCACCAGCAAUGACGAUUCCGACGAUUCCUCGUCCAAGAAUAUCGGCAAAGUACUGGGCGCUUGGAUCUUUUGUCGUCAUGGAGAUCGGACCCCGAGUCGUCCGUUGUGUCCGUCGCAUCGACAAGACGAAGAAUCUCAUUUUUGGUUGACCAAAUUGCCCUGGCCUAGUACAGCGUAUGCCUAUAAAGAAUUCUGUGGUUCCUUUCCACCACUCAUUGACGAUCCUACCGGUCACUUUAUGGACGUGCAUCGCAACCCCUACGGAUUCGUCACGCACAAGGGAUUGCUGCAAAUGCAGGAAAAUGGAAGACAAUUGCGGAAUCGAUACGAUCCACAGUUUUUACAGUCAGAACAAGAUGACAAUGACAAUAGUAAACAACGAGACGCCCAAUUCUUGAAACAAUGGAGAAUCUCGGCCUAUUCCACCAACUAUCUGCGCACCGUCUUGUCGGUGCAAUCCUUUCUCGAUGGACUCUUGCACACACAGCUCUACACACCCGAUCGGACCCGCGAGGAUAUGGAUUUUACCAGCAUGAGACCGCAAGAGUGGCCCGUGCCCGAUCACAAUUUCAUCAAAACCACUCCUGGCGAUGACUCGGAUGACUCGGACGAUGACAAUGACGAUUACAACCACCACGACAAUGAAGAUGAAGGAUACGGCAGUGACUGGGAACCGUCCUACAGGGAUCGUAACAAUGGAUUCCAUUUGCACUUGAGUGGCAAUCCGCAUCGAAGAACACUUCCGAGACACAACAACAAACCCAAAGUCUUUGUCCGAGUGCGAGAUCAAUCCUGCGACAAUUUGAAUGCAUUUGAUCGCAAUCCCGAUCUCAUGCGAGAUCUCGUUAGCGAUGUCAUGCAAUCCAAAUCCUUUCAAGUACAAGAUGCUGCCGCCGCACCGGCUGCGGCCCGAUUGGCCAAUAUUUUGCCGGGGCUGGCACGCAAAGGACGCAAAGAUUUUAGUGCGUCAACUCCGUCGGGCAUUAAUUGGGUCGAAGCCGCCGAUCAUUUCGUUUGUCGGACGUCCCAUUCUGUGUCGUUGAGCAAAUUCAGUGAUCAAGAACACGAUGCCAAUGUCGAACAAUUGUUGAGUGCCAUGACAUACAAGGCGUUGGGGCACUUGGCAUGGAGGUUUCGACAGUGGUAUCAAAAUCCGCAAUUGCUGGCGGCUAUUGCGGCACCGCCCUUGCGGGAAAUUGCACAACAAUUAGCACAUUUGGUGGCGCCAGCACCAGCAUCACACUCAAAACGACGAAGGGCGUUGCAAGAUCCCAAGGAAAAAUUCUUGUGUUUGUACAGUUGUCACGAUGUCACUUUGCUGGCGUUAUUGUAUGCUCUGGGUGCCGAUUUUUUGGCCGAUGAAGAGAGUGCCGUGUGGAGAGAAUACUGGCCAGAGUAUGCGAGUACGCUCGUCUUGGAGUUGGUGCAAUUGGAUGCAAGUGAAGAAGACGAAGAAGAACACAGUCAUGAUAAGGCACCCAGACACAUUAUGAGAGUCAUGAUCAAUGGCGAGGUGGUGACGUCAACGGACUUUUUGUUGUCCAAGUUUGAACGGGAAAAGACGUCAUCAUCGACGACGACUACAAGCCAUACUCCACCCGUCGAAACCUUGGGACAAGGACCUCACAAUCUGCUGACCAUCCAAAACUUUUGGGAUAUCAUCACCACGUUGGAAUCCAUGGGCGAAUACGAUUUCUCCAGAUGGCCAGCCAUGAAGGAAGAGUCCGAUACACCGAACAGACAAAAACCAGCGAACCCACAGCUUCGUCGAGAGGGAUCUCUCAACAGUAGUCUCAACUAGCUAAGAUAGAUAAAAUAAUUAGCUGGGCCAGUUUUGAACCUAUUGGAACAGAAUUUUAUAAGUGCUGCUCACUUGAUUUAUAUCUUCUGACCUUCGGUGUGAGGUGAGCAGG